AUGGACAAGCAACACCUUAGGGAUGUGGUGAGGGAUUACUGCAUCCAGUGUGGAUUUGCGGUAGUUAUAGACUAUGCUAGCAAUAUUAGGUAUUGUGCUAGAUGUUUAGAUGUGAACUGUGGCUGGAGAUUGCAUGCAUCUGUGCUUCCAGAUGGAAUAACUUGGGCAAUUAAAAGCAUACAAAACCCAGAGCAUACAUGCCAAGGACUUGAGACCAAAAACAGUAUGGUGAAUGUGAAGUGGGCUAUGAGGGUGUUACUUGAAGAUAUGAGGGCAAAUAAUGACAUUCCUGCCAAGUCUCUGAAUGAUAAAUUAUGGAAGAGAUAUGGAGUUACCAUGGCACAAAGCACUCUGUACAGGGUCAGGACUAAGGCUUUGGUGGAUAUUCAUAGUGGGCAUGAUGUUUCGUACAAGGGAAUUGCAUAUGCUGCAUUAGAUGGGUUGAGUGCUGGACGCAUAAGUCUAAUUAGUGUGGUUGGAGCUCAUCUCAAGGGAAAUUAUGGUGGGUUGUUACUGUCUGCAGUUGCUCUUGAUGGAAAUAAUGAGAUAUUUCCUGUAGCAUGGGCAAUAGUUGGAGCUGAAGAUGUUGAAAGCUGGAAGUUCUUUGUGUGGCACUUGAAGAAUGCUUUACAACCAAGUGGCAAGGGUGAUGAGUGGUGCAUAAUUUCUAACAAGCAAAAGGGUAUUGAUGUUGCCUUUAAUGACUUGUGGCCAAAAGUAGGCAGAAGGUACUGCUGCAAGCAUUUGGUGAAGAACUUUAAGAGUUCUUUUCCUAGUUUAUUGAUGUUCCAAUUAUUCUGGAAGGCUGCUGGAGCAUUCAAUCCAUUCACCUUCAAAAAGGCAAUGGUGGCUUUACAAAAGGCUAAUCCCCUAGCUCUUGUUUGGCUCUCAAAGCUUGGACCACAAUCAAGAUGGUCAAAGCAUGCUUUCAAUCCAGCUGUGAAGUGUGACACCAACAAAUCAAAUUUUGUUGAAAGCUUCAAUGCUACCAUGGGCAUUGAUAGAUGCAUACUAGUGCUGACUCUGCUUGAAGGGAUUAGAAGACUAACUAUGGUUAGAAUGGCAACCAGAAGGGAGGCAUGUGAGAGCUAG